UAACUUCUCUUUCUUCGUUUUCUCUCUAAAUCUUUACUUCUCAGACUUUCCCGUCGGCUUUUUUUGACUGCAUAAGGGCUUUUCUUCUCCGAAUCAAAACCAUAAUUUCCAAUUUCACCAUUUCCUCUCCGGCUAUAGCUUAACCCUCCUGACUUCCGCGACCUGCUACAUCAAAGAAGUAGACCUUUCCACGCAAUCACUGAGUUCUGCGUGCAGGAUGAGGUGCUUCUCUGUCUUGAGAAGUAAGAAGAAAAGGUCUGAACAGAUCAUCCCUAUAAAACAUGUCAAUCAUAAAGAGCAUGGAGUAGCAACCAUAUUGCCCGAACCUCGAACUCAUACUAGAUCAUUGCAGUCUGCACCUCCUAGUUUCAAGACAAGAGUGAAACCCAUUCAACCUUGUAAUAAAAUCACAAAAAAUAGAAUACGAGCAUUAUCCGCUCCUUCAACUCUUGAUGCAGCAGAACAAGAUGCUUUGGUGUCAGUUGAGUAUGAGGAACAAGAAGAGUCAAAACACCGAGCUGGAUUGAUAAAGGAGCAGCGUGUAUCCACUUCACAACCCUUACCUCUCCCAUCUCCUCAGGGUGGUGGUGCAUUGAAGGCUACAGGCAGCUUUAAGUUAGGGACUGUUAGUGGUCCUCUACAUGCUUCUGGUCCUCUAUAUGCUUCUGGACCUUUGCCACUGCCACCUGCUAGUUCCCUACGAAACUUUCCAUUCGAGGAAAUUGCUUCUGCUUGCCACAAUUUCUCUUCAGAUCGAUUCAUGUCAGAAAGUCUUUCUUCUACCAUGUAUAAAGCUUCCUUUGGUGAUGAUGUUUCAAGUUCAAAAACUUUUGAAGCUACUGUCACUCGGCUUCACCCUUCUACUCAGGCCCUCAAGGAAUUCAUAAAUGAGGUUAACAUUAUUGCAUCUUUGCAACAUCCAAACCUCUGCAAAUUGCUAGGUUAUCAUGCUCGUGAGGGUUCAGAACAGAGAAUGUUGGUUUAUGAAAGGCUCUUUCAUGGAAGCUUGGACCGCUUGUUGUAUGGGAGAUCUGAUGGUCCACCACUUGAUUGGAAUACAAGAAUGAGAAUUGCUUUAUGUGCUGCCCAAGGUCUUACUUUCUUGCAUGAAGAAGGGCCCUUCCAGGCAAUGUAUAAUGAGUUUUCUACAGCCAACAUACAGAUUGACAAAGAUUUCAGUGCAAAGCUUUCGGGAUAUGGUUGUGUUGGACAUAUUCCUGAAGAAGAGAUUCCUAGCAGUUCAUCUGCGGUGGGAAACCUAUCAGUGGAGACUUUGGAAAGACGAUUGCUAACUCCAAAGAGCAACGUUUGGAGCUUUGGCAUUUUUCUUCUGGAAUUACUGACUGGAAGAAAAAAUCUGGAUAGCCGUCACCCCAAGGAAGAGAGAAAUUUAGUCAAGUGGAGCUGGCCCUUCCUAGCCGACGAUUGUCGACUGUCCUUGAUCAUGGAUCCUCAACUGAAAGGUCGCUUUCCUUCCAAAGCAGCAAGGACAAUAGCUGAUAUUGCACUAAGAUGCCUUCAAAAGGAGCCAUCUGAAAGACCCACCAUGAGAACUGUUGUUGAGCAUCUGAAAAUGGUGCAGGAUAUGAAGUACUCACUUCGGUUUCCUCUGCAAGAGCCUGCUGCGAUUUCUGGAAAACAGAUGUCAAGAUCACCGAGUCUUAAGAUGAGUCUCUCUCCAUCACCACAAGUGCCUUCAGGAACACUACCAUCUGGUUCACCUCCAAGAUGGUCUGGUGGGCCCAACUUGCUUCCAUUGCGAGGGUGUUCCUCCAUGCUGUCUUUGGAUGAGCUUGAUCGGCAGUUAAGCCAGAAGUCAUCUUCCUCAGCGUCUAGGAGGGCUAGUGUUGUAGGAUACUGACUGUCUAUAACGUUUGUUUUUAAAUUUUUCAUUGAUGUGAUUACACUAGUUCAUAGCGGAUAAAGAAUUAAAGAUGCGGUUCUGCCACCUUUUACAGUAUUAUGGUGAUAGGAUGUUCUUUUGUAGAUAGUGGAAAGAUUAUUAAAAAUUCAUAAGGUGAUAUUCUCCAUCCUUCUUUCCUUUCAA